GGUUCCUCUCGUUCCUCGCUUCUUCUUCCCCGGCUCCUCUUUUCCAACUCCAGAAAGAAAAAAAAAAAGAGAGCGAGAUAUCUCGCCAGUGACUCGAGCAGCGAUGGCGGCGAGGGAGCAGAACGUUUACUUGGCGAAGUUGGCGGAGCAAGCGGAGAGGUACGAGGAGAUGGUGGAGUACAUGGAGAAGGUCGUCGGUGCGGCGGAGGCAGAGGAGCUCACGGUGGAGGAGCGCAACCUCCUCUCGGUCGCUUACAAGAACGUCAUCGGAGCUCGACGCGCCUCCUGGAGGAUUGUCUCCUCCAUCGAGCAGAAGGAGGAGACACGCGGCAAUCACGACCACGUCGAAACCAUCCGCGGCUACCGUGCCCGGAUCGAGUCCGAACUCGCAUCGAUAUGCGGCGGUAUUCUGCGUCUUCUGGACUCUAGCCUCAUCCCGGCCUCUGGUGCUGCUGACUCCAAGGUUUUCUACUAUAAGAUGAAGGGCGACUACUACCGAUACCUGGCCGAGUUCAAGACUGGACCCGAUCGCAAGGAUGCCGCCGAGAAUACCUUCUCAGCCUACAAGGCCGCCCAGGACAUUGCUGUGGCAGAAUUAACACCGACACACCCAAUUCGGCUUGGUUUGGCUCUAAAUUUCUCGGUGUUCUACUAUGAGAUUUUGAAUUCGCCAGACAAGGCUUGUGCUCUCGCCAAGCAGGCUUUCGAUGAGGCAAUUUCAGAGCUGGACACACUUGGAGAGGAAUCUUACAAAGAUAGCACUUUGAUUAUGCAGCUUCUACGUGAUAAUCUCACCCUGUGGACUUCAGACAUGCAGGAGGAUGGUGUAGAUGACAUCAGAGAAUCAGGCAAGCCUGAGGAUGGAGAUGAGCAUUAAUUUUAAAUGGUUGGCCAUAUAUGUGCUUUUAUUUAAGAUUUAUAUGGUGCUUAGCUUGCGAUUGAAUUUAAUAUCAGUACAUGAACAUGAAGUGUGUAAUGAACCACCUGCGUUCUUAUUCCCAAACCAUUUGCGUGUGUUA